AUGGCUGCUCCACACAAUGACGCUGAAUUGCAGCACGAUCAGAGGCGUCCUCUCUUGUCGGACAGAGCUGAUGGCAAUAGCAGCAUGAGUCCCAUGCAGAAAGCUAUAGGCCAGACAUACCAGAGCACUGGGCAACUCGCCAAACUCCUUCCUUCAGGCACAGUACUUUCCUUCCAGCUCCUUGCUCCCACCCUUGCAAAACAAGGCCACUGCGGUGACCUGAAUCGGAUGAUGACAGGAGGGCUCGUGGCGUUCUGUGCACUGUCCUGCUUUGUUCUCAGCUUCACAGAUAGCUUCAGGGAUGAGGAAGGAAAGGUACGAUAUGGGUUCGCCACAUUCAAGGGAUUGUGGAUCAUCGAUGGUGGAGCAUCUCUCGAGCCACUUGCAGCAGCUGAAUACAGGAUACGGUUUCUAGACUUUGCACAUGCCAUUGUUUCGGCAAUGAUUUUUGUUGCAAUCGCACUGUUCGACCAAAAUGUGGAGUCUUGCUUCUAUCCAAUACCGUCCGAGGAUACAAGGCAACUUCUCACAACAUUGCCUGUUGUUAUUGGAGUUAUUGGAAGCAUGCUGUUUGUUAGCUUCCCAACCACUCGGCAUGGCAUUGGCUUUUCACUCUCUCAACAUUAA